ACUCAAAAGUACAAAAGAAGGGUUUUCCGGUCAGAGCAAGCUCCAAUUAAAUCUCUGCAGGGUGUUCUGAAGAAAACUGAGAACAACAGAAUCCCUCACAAACUGCCAAAGAAACAGGAAGAAAAUUAAGUCGAAAGAUAAAACAAGGAGUGGUCGAGGGGCAGCUGACUGAACUCACAGAGACGCAGCCAGUACUGGACAGAAGAGGAUGAGAUGACUCAGGAGCAGAUGUGGAGGUUGACCUGGACCGUAUUCCCAAAGAGGCAAAACGCCAUGGGAGAUGACUACACUGUCACUUCAGGAACAGCUUCCCUUCAAUUUGGGAAUUUAUCUCUGUUGUGAGAGGCUCUCAAGGGGACAUCUGAUCUAAGAACUACAUAUUCUGGAUCAUUUCUACUUCAAUAAAGAGCAAUUUUAGGCAAAAAGGAUCAGGUCAAAAUUCAUCAAACGCCAGGAUGAAGCCUCUUUACAAUUUGGGCUUACUCCUGCUGGGCCUUCAUUUCCUGACUGUCAGCGGGCAGCUGGAACCCAAAAACCAAAUGCCCCCUGACCCUCUUACUGCUACUCAAAGAAGUGGGCUCGUUGAGCGGGACGUGCAGGGUCCGGUGAGGCCCAACAAUACAAUGCCGCGCCGUCGAAUGCCCCCCAUGUGUAGUGCGCCCACAGAAAUCCGUGACACAUUCAAGUACAUCAACACGGUGGUGUCCUGCUUGGUGUUUGUUGUGGGCAUCAUCGGAAACUCCACGCUCUUAAGGAUCAUCUAUAAGAACAAAUGCAUGCGGAACGGGCCAAAUAUCCUAAUAGCCAGUCUGGCUCUCGGAGACCUGCUACACAUCAUCAUCGGCAUUCCCAUUAACGUUUACAAGCUCCUAGCAGAGGAUUGGCCUUUUGGGGUGGCUCUGUGUAAGGUGGUGCCAUUUGUCCAGAAAGCCUCGGUGGGGAUCACAGUGCUGAGUCUGUGUGCGCUGAGUAUAGACAGAUAUCGCGCUGUGACUUCAUGGAGCCGAAUCAAAGGGAUCGGUGUUCCGAAGUGGAUGGCCAUUGAGAUUGCACUCAUCUGGAUAUUAUCCAUCAUCCUGGCUGUGCCCGAGGCAGUUGCUUUUGACAUGAUCACUAUGGACUACAAAGGCGAACGUUUGAGAAUCUGUUUAUUGCACCCCAUGCAGAAAACAGACCUUAUGAGGUUUUACAAAUCAGUGAAGGACUGGUGGCUGUUCAGUGCAUAUUUCUGUCUGCCAUUGGCCUGCACUGCCAUUUUUUAUACUCUGAUGACCUGUGAGAUGCUGAGGAAGAAGAAUGGAGUUCAAAUAGCCCUCAGUGACCAUCUGAAACAGAGACGGGAAGUCGCCAAGACCGUCUUCUGUUUGGUUCUGGUCUUCGCUCUGUGCUGGCUCCCACUCCACCUCAGCCGAAUUCUGAAACUCACCAUCUAUGAUGAGAAGGAUCCCAACCGCUGCGAACUGCUAAGUUUCUUUUUAGUCUUGGACUACAUCGGCAUCAAUAUGGCAUCGGUCAACUCCUGCAUCAACCCGAUUGCCCUCUACAUGGUCAGCAAGCGGUUUAAAAAUUGCUUCCGGUCGUGCCUGUGCUGUUGGUGCCUACCGGCCGAGGUGCUGAUGAUGGACGAGAAGCAGUCGUGCAUGAAGCUGAAGGUCACAGAAAGAGCAUCUGACCAGAGCAACUCUAGAAUGACCAACAAAUCGACCACAGCUUGAAUAUUGUAAGCAACAAAAAUCAACAAAACGUGAGGUCAUAGGAAUGUCGAGGUUUGCGCAACCCAAAGAGGCCCAGGUUCGUCUACAGUUCAUCAUAGGAGUUCUUGGGCUCAUGAAAACAGCUGUGAUGAUGUGAUGUGAUGUGAUGUGAUGCUUCAUCAAAAGUGUGAUGAGAAAGGCAAGGAUAAGGAUAUUAUUGAUAAUGUGUAAAACUGACAAGUUUGCUAGAGGUCAGGUCAAGACUAAGAAAAUCCAUGGCAUGAUACCAUAAUGUAGGAAAUUUCUCUGAUCCCAAAGCAAAUAGAUGACAGCCACCACAUUUGAUAAAUGCAUCCGAUUUUCUCCUCAGUGACCCACUGACAAAAAUGCAAUAAUUAUGCAAAUAAUUUCUUUAGAUAGAUUUCAGCCACGAUGUUGCUCAGCAUUGCGGGACUGCUCUAACCCCACCCGCUCUUCGUGCUAGCCUCACGCUGAGCCCAAUGUGUGACCUCUUUAUACAACCUGAUGAACAGCUUUUUUAUAUGUAGCUCAAAAUCUAUUACUAUCUCUAACAACCUGUGAUGUUGUUUCUUACCACUCCUGACUGUACUACUGAUGUGCUUGCUAUUACAGUAUUAAGACUAUCUGGAUUUCACCUUUCGUUCUUGUUUUAUCCCCACAUCUUAAUCUGCUUAGUUUACUUUAAAUGUAUGACAAGAUCAGAGUAUAUUUCUAUAAUAAAUAAAUAUCGAAUGUAUAUAUAUAUAAUGUGUGUGUGCGUGUGUAAAAUAAGUAGUGUGUUUCUUACUCAUAAUCACUGAUGACUGGGCGUGAAUGUUUUUGCCUGUUAUUGUGGCCAAACGAUGGACUUUCAAAGUGUGAAGGCAGUCAGCAUCAUGUGAUGGGACAGGCUAACACAGAACUUUAUUGUCAUCUAUUUUCCUCUCACUUUUCAAUGACACACAAACACGCACACAUGCCGCUUUGACCUGGGAAUAUUCCUGCAGGCUAAUCCAGUGUCACGCAUGUCACAUUAGCAGCCAGAGCGCCAAAGAAACUCUCUGUCUUGUGAUCACUCACCCCUCCUCCACUACACUCUUUAUUCACACUCGUUCAUUCGUCUUCUUCCCAUCUGUAUUCCCCUUUGAUUAUUUGACCUUUUUCAGGUCCUCUACCCAUUUUACUACAUAUUCUCAAACUCUUGGCAUUCCUGCAUCCCUUUCUCGAUUCCUCUGUAUGAGGACUUUUAUGCAUUUAUUUGGGUCUCAUAAUUGUUUAGUUUGACAUGAGUUCAAAGCCUCUAUUCUAAUGUACAAAAUCAAUAGCAACAAAUUAAAUGCUUUGAUUUGAGUCUCUUGAUGUAUAAUAAAGUAUCUGUUUAUA